AUGACACCAUAUUUGUCUUUAAAAGGAGAAAAGGAAAAAGAACAAUUACGUGGUAUGAUGGCAAGGAGGUUUGGAGCAGAUACCAGAGAGAUGGCGGCUGAGCUGCGGACACUUGCGAAUGCCUUGGACGAGAAUAUGGAGUUCCAACGCUUGAUGGGUGGAGGGCCGAGGACAGAAAAUGCAGAAGAUCGAAUCCUUUCGCGACUAGCAGAUUCAAGAUUCAGGGGCGAGAAAGUAGACGGACUGCUUAAUGACCCACCCAUACUACCAACUCCAUCUCAACAAAGACCGGCUUCCAGAGAUGCCCUACGUCGUACCGGUCGGUCGAUAAACCUUAGUGGAAUACAUAAUGGACAGUUCGAUCCUAGAUCGUAUGGAAGAGCUGCUGCAGAGUGUCUACCGCUAGGUAAACACUAUUCCGAGAACGUCAUUCAUCAUGAAGAUGUGCGCCCGAGUUCCACGCAGCCCAUUCGCUCAAAAACCCCACAGCCCAUGCGACCAAAAACUAUCCAGCCCAUUCGGUCAAUGACUCCACAGCCAGCACCUUCGAAUAGCUAUUUUCCUUAUGGCUCCAACAAUCGGCAUCACAGCCAGCCACCCUAUGCUCGUGCUCAUACAUCUAUCAUCGGCCGUAGCAGUCAAAGUCGCAAUCGUAGUCGACCACCGACAUCACAACGCUUAUACGAAGUGCCAGACCCACCACAGACAUCUGAUCUGCAUGUUCCUACAGAACUUGAGCCAAAUCCAUAUUACCGGGGCCAAGCUACAUCUCCUUCCGAACGUAUCACUCAAAGAGACCGUCGUGUUCCUCAACUUGCGGAGGAAAGGCGAGGCAGAAGGAAGGAACCUACUGUCUGGCCAAAUCAUCAUGAGACAAUAUACCAAAACGAUUCUAAUAUUGUUGACCGAGAGUAUGAUCCCGAGAAAGAUGCAGACGCUGAAUCUAUUGGAUCCAUAGAUUAUGUGCAACCGGUCACAUCUCUCAGGGUCUUCCAACCGCAGAAUAGAGUGACGUGGAAUGGAACAUUCAGCGGAUGA